AUGGGGGAAAAUGGUGAUGAAAAAUACUGUCAGGCUGGCCAGAUAUUUGAAAACUUUGUACAAGCAUCAACAUGCAAAGGUACCAUUCAGGCCUUUAAUAUUUUGACUCGCCAACUUGAAUUAGAUCCUUUGGACAAUAGAAACUUUUACACUAAACUGAAGUCAAGAGUGACCACAUGGAAGGCCAAAGCUUUGUGGAACAAGCUUGAUAAAAGAGCAAGUCACAAAGAAUAUAAACGUGGAAAAUCUUGUAUGAACACUAAG